AUGUUGCUCCAGCGUGUCUUGUCCGUCCGUCGUGUAGCUCUCGCACGUGCCAUAACUGCACGUGGAAUGGCCACAUCGAUCACUAGUUCCUCUUAUGCUUCAUCUGAUGCAUUUCUACACCGUCAUUUGGGCGUCUCGUCCGAGAAAGACCGUCAAGCAAUGCUGGCAACGGUGGGCUUUGAUAGUAUCGAAGCUCUUAUUGCUGCUACUGUCCCUAAGGAGAUCCGUUUGACCAAGCCAUUAGAUCUACCACCUCCUCUUAGUGAGAGCGAAGCGCUGGCCAAACUCAAGGCGGUGGCUGCUAAGAAUCAGACGCUCAAGUCAUUUAUCGGUAUGGGUUUCAAUGACACCUUGACACCUGCCCCGAUCAUUCGUCAUAUCUUGGAAAACCCAGGAUGGUACACUUCCUACACGCCGUACCAGGCUGAAGUGUCUCAAGGUCGUUUAAAAAUGCUGCUCAACUUCCAGACGAUGAUCAUGGAUCUUACAGGUCUCGAGUAUGCCAAUGCUUCGCUACUAGACGAAGCUACAGCUGCUGCAGAGGCAAUGGCUCUGGCUCAUGGCAACUUUAAUGGCAAACGUGCCAAGUUCUUUGUCGACCAAGAUGCUCACCCACAGACUAUUGGGAUGAUGCACACACGUGCGGAGAAUGUGGGGAUUGAGCUCGUGGUUGGUAACCCUAGGACCGACCUUGACCUCCAAGACCAGGGAUACAGUGGAGUCUUGUUGCAAUAUCCGACAACUUUUGGUGCAGUCAAUGACUACCGUGAGUUUGUGAAGGAAGCACACAAGUCCCAGUUUGUUGUGGCUGUUGCAACGGACCCUUUGAGUCUUACAAAGCUGACACCGCCUGGAGAAUGGGGUGCAGACAUUGCUCUAGGCUCUGCACAACGAUUCGGUGUUCCCAUGAUGUUCGGUGGCCCACACGCUGCUUUCUUGGCUACGACCAAGAAAUAUCACCGCAAAAUGCCUGGCCGUAUCAUUGGCGUGUCGGUCGACGCUCAUGGCGAGCCUGCUGUUCGUAUGGCCAUGCAGACUCGUGAGCAACACAUUCGUCGUGACAAGGCUACCAGCAACAUUUGCACGGCGCAGGCUCUUCUUGCUAACAUGGCAGCUGCUUACGCUGUCUACCACGGCCCUGAAGGUCUACAUGCCAUCGCGUCUCGUGCCAAUCUGUACGCUGCGACACUAGCCGCUGGACUUGAGAGGUUUGCGUCGAAAUGCAAGCUGGUGAAUGAAGCGUUCUUCGACACUCUGGAAGUUGACGUGUCCCAGUCUGGCAAGUCGGCGGCGGAAGUGGCCGCUGAUGCAACAAAGCGCGGUGUGAACGUGCGCGUGAUAAACGACAAGCGUGUGGGUGUUUCCAUGGGCGAAAGCGUCGACCUGACGGACCUGGAAAAGCUGCUCUUAGCGUUUGGUGCAUCAAAGUGUGACGUGUCAACGGAUCUGAGCGAGGCCCUUGGUGCCCGUGCGCAACAGAUUCAGCAACGAAGUAUCCCAGAGGGACUUCGCCGCACGACGCCAUACCUGGAACACAGCGUCUUUCACAAGUACCGCUCGGAGACGGAGCUCACCCGCUACUUGAAGCAAUUGGAGGAUAAGGAUUUAGCGCUCAACCGUUCCAUGAUCUCGCUAGGAAGCUGUACCAUGAAGCUGAACGCUGUGUCUGAGCUGGCCCCCAUUUCGUGGCCAGAGUUUACCAACGUGCACCCGUUCGUGCCUUCUGAUCAGAGCGCUGGUUACCGUGAGCUUAUCGAGUCGCUAAACCACUCGCUUGCCGUCAUUACGGGUUUUAGCGCGAUGUCGACGCAACCGCAGAGUGGCGCCCAGGGUGAGUACGCUGGUCUUUUGACAAUUCGCAACUACCAGCGGUCGAUUGGCCAGGGACACCGUGAUGUAUGCCUGAUUCCGGUGUCGGCCCACGGCACAAACCCUGCCAGUGCUGUUAUGGCUGGCAUGAAGGUUGUGGUUGUGAAGUCGGAUGAGAAUGGCAAUAUUGAUCGCGAAGACUUGGCUGCCAAGGCUGCAAAGCACUCGGACAACCUGAGCGCCUUCAUGAUUACGUACCCUUCGACCUUCGGUGUGUUUGAAGCGGGUAUUAAGGAUAUGAUGGACCUUAUCCACUCGCACGGUGCUCAGGUUUACAUGGACGGCGCUAACAUGAAUGCCCAAGUAGCCCUGUGCAACCCGGGUGACAUUGGCGCCGACGUGUGCCACUUGAACCUGCACAAGACUUUUUGUAUCCCUCAUGGUGGCGGUGGCCCUGGCGUGGGCACCAUUGGUGUGGCAGCCCAUCUGGCGCCGUUUUUGCCGGGACACUCGGUGGUGCCUACUGGUGGCGAAGGCAAGCAUACGGUGAAGAAAACAGAUGCGGCUGUUAGCGGAUCGCCUUUCGGUAGCGCUGGUAUUCUGCCGAUUCCUUGGAUGUACAUUAACAUGCUGGGCGAGGAUGGUCUAAAGCAGGCUACGUCUUUAGCCAUUUUGAAUGCCAAUUACAUGGCAAAAAAGCUGGAGAGCCACUACGAGGUAGUCUAUCGCAGUGCCAAUGGUACCUGUGCGCACGAGUUCAUUAUCGACAUUCGCCCGUUCAAGGACUUUGGCAUUGUGGAGGAGGAUGUGGCCAAGCGUUUGCAAGACUUUGGCUUUCACAGCCCCACCAUGUCGUGGCCAGUGUCCGGAACUCUUAUGAUUGAGCCUACGGAAAGUGAGAGUAAGGCUGAGAUGGACCGCUUUUGCGAGGCCCUAGCGAUCAUCCGCAGCGAAAUUGAGGACGUCGUGACAGGUGCCAUAGCUGUGAAAGACUCUCCGCUCAAGCACGCACCGCACACGGUGGACCAGGUCUCUGCUGGUGUUUGGGACCGCAAGUACUCGCGGGAACAGGGGGCGUUCCCUGCCCCGUGGCAUUUAGGAGGCAAGAACAAGACCUACUGGCCGUCUGUGGGCCGUGUCGACAAUGUGCAUGGUGACCGUAACCUCGUGUGCAGCUGCCCGCCGUUAUCGGACUACGAGUAA